AUGACUAUAAUGAGCGAGUAUGUACCUGAACAGCUGGGUAUAAAUAAUAAGGUGGUUGAACAUGAUUUCAUUUGUUUCCAGUGGCAAAAAAGAAGCUCUCAGAACUAUGCAUUGCUUCAAACUGAUAAGCUUCAUGAUGCUACUAGUUAUCACUAUUGGCUUGAAUGCUGGCGGGAAUGCUCAACAAGUGGGGUCCCGGACUCCAAUCUACGCACUGGCAUGAUAUACGUGCCAGACAACUGCCCGGAACGUCACAUCAUGGACGCGUACGGGGUCUGCCGAGAACCAUGGUGUGAAACCGGCGAGGUAAACUGCAAAGAGCCCGUACCGAAGAGGAUCGUCAUCGGUCGCUGAGCCGUCUGGGUUCAAGCUAAUAUGGCUCAACACUAUAAAAUGUGCAACGUUGAGUAAAUUAAUUGGCUAAACAAUUAAAGUCCUUGACUGUACAGGUGCCGUUUUCAUUUCAAAUACACCCUUGUUAAUAUUAUGGUAGUCUGUGGAUGGUAAAGAUUCCCACUUUGUCGCUUCUAGUUAUUAAGUUGUACAUAGACAGAUUGAGGAGAGAUGGCAAAAUUGGCCAAAAAUCUAUAUACAUACUUACCUAAGUAAUAUUGUGAGUGUGUUUACUAAAACGUCCGACUUUGUCGGUUACCAUUAAGGCGAGAUUUACUUUUAGGUAUCUUUAUAUGAAUAAACUGACUAAGCGGCUUUAUAGCAAUCGACAAAGUGGAUCGUGUUUUCCGUACACACUAAAGAUAUUAUAGACUAAA